AUGGUGACAGUUCGCGCGUGCGGAUGAUGGCGGUAAAUAACAGCCGAACGUGAGUGUAAAUACAAUAAAUACACACACAUAUUUACCGUCAUUUUCCGCGUGUAACGGACUUUACCGGAUGUGUGGUGGAGUUUACAUUGCACUCGGGCUGAGGGGCAGUUUUAUAGCAGAUCGUCGGUUUUUUGUGAGUUAGUUCCGUGUCUGCCUCUCGAGCUGGUUUUUGUUUAACGGGUUUAAAGUAACGGAUCCCUCGCGCAGGUGUAGACACACUCAACCGUAAUCCGCCGGUACCGGAACCUCCCGUAUACACCACUGCCGCGGGUUCCGCUUGUCUCCCGGCGGAGCGCCUUUUGUUCUCAGUAAUUCUGCGUGAUGAAGCCCUUUAAAUUCUACAGCUGCAGGAAAUGCCUGCUCUGAUGCUGGACCUCAACUAUUUCUCACAGAUGGGUGCGGUCAUGGCGUAUGGAUCCUGACUCUGUGUGCUCAUGCGUGUUAGGAGACAUGGAUCGCUGUAAACAUGUGGUGCGGCUCCGUUUGGGCCAUGGCCACUCUAUCCUCAACCCGCAGAUGUGGCGCUGUGUGGACUGCAGCACCACAGAGUCAGUAUGGGCCUGUCUGAAGUGCUCUCACGUGGCGUGCGGCCGCUACAUGGAGGAACACUCACUCAGUCACUACCAGCAGUCGCAGCACCCUUUGGCCAUGGAGGUUCGUGAGUUGGACGUCUUUUGUUUUGCGUGUGGAGAUUAUGUGUUGAACGAUAAUGUCGAGGGAGACCUGAAGCUCCUCCGAGGUGCUCUGUCAACAGUCCGCCAUCCCGGUCAGCGCUCUCUGCGGUCUUCUGUGGCUGAUGGUGCUCUCAGAGCACGGGGGGGUGCAGAGCUACGGACGGCCAUGCAGACAGCAUUGUGGCAUCGGCGAAAAACUCUUCUCAGAGGUGCCAUACACCACUGGAGAAGUCGGCAGCAGGAGGAGUUGAGAAGGCGCGAGGAGAAACAGGAGCAGGAGCGAGAGGAGAAGCGACAACAACGCAGGGAGGUCAAGAGGAGACUGAUGGGAGAACUUGCUAACAUCCCGCCAAGGAAGAGCGCACGCCUGCUUACUCAGGCUCCUCGUCCCACCCUCGCCCUCAUCCCGCAGAAGUUCCGUGAACCCCCUGAACGACUCCUGGCUGUUCCCAAACAUCUCCUACUUCCCCUGUCCAACAAACCUCUUGCACGCAAACCACUCCGUGCUGCAGGUAGGUUGCGCCGAUAUCAUGCGUCACAGUCAUCUCGUCGCAGGAAACUUGCACCUGGAGUCACAGGACUACGUAACCUAGGCAACACAUGUUAUAUGAACUCCAUCCUGCAGGUGUUGAGUCACCUGCAGAAGUUCAGGGAGUGUUUCCUCACACUGGAUCUGUGCGAGACAGAGGAGCUGCUCGCUAAGACCAACCACUCGCAGGGUAUGGUGGGUGGGGCCAGUGCUCUCACUGCGCUGGGCCGCAUGGGGAGGGUGAGUGGAGGUGCCUUGCUGGGCAGCAAACAGAACAUCCCGCCUAGUCUUAGCGCAGCCGAACUGGUACAACCAAAAGAGCCACGAUCUUCGUCUCGGCCACAGAUGUCGCUGUGUCACGAGCUGCACACGCUCUUCAGGGUCAUGUGGUCGGGUCGGUGGUCACUGGUUUCUCCAUUCGCCAUGCUGCACUCUGUAUGGAAUCUGAUUCCGGCAUUUCGUGGAUACGACCAGCAGGAUGCGCAGGAGUUCCUAUGUGAGCUUCUGGAUAAAGUUCAACAGGAACUGGAAUCUGACGGACCCCGGAAACAUUUCCUGAUCCCCCUCACCCAGCGGAAACUGUCCAAACAGGUCCUCAAAGUGCUCAACACAAUCUUCCAUGGACAGCUGCUCAGCCAGGUAACGUGUUUGUCCUGCGAGCGCAAGUCGAACACAGUUGAGCCGUUCUGGGAUUUGUCUCUGGAGUUCCCAGAGCGAUACCACCGCAUGGAGAAGCUCAGCGCGGCAGCGUGUCAGCGGAGCUGCUCUCUGUCGGAGAUGCUCGCAAAGUUCACAGAGACGGAAGCUUUGGAGGGCUGCAUCUACGCCUGUAACUUCUGCAACAGAAAACGUCGCAAAUCGUCCCAUAAGCCCCUGUCCCUGUCCGAGGCCUGUAAGCAGUUACUGAUCUGCCGUUUACCUCAGGUGCUGCGGCUACACCUUAAACGCUUCCGGUGGUCCGGUCGGAAUCACCGGGAGAAGAUCGGCGUCCACGUGGCUUUCGAUCAGGUCCUGAAUAUAGAACCAUACUGCUACUCGGAUGCUGCCACGUCGCCACAAAGAGAGGCCUACACCUACGACCUGUCUGCUGUAGUGAUGCAUCAUGGGAAAGGCUUUGGCUCAGGGCACUACACAGCCUACUGUUAUAACACUGAAGGAGGUUUCUGGGUUCACUGUAACGACUCCGAGAUGAACGUGUGCAGUGUGGAGGAGGUGUGCAGCACUCAGGCCUACAUCCUGUUCUACACGCAACGCUCCGCCUAGACCUGUCUGUCUCUCUCUCUACCUGUUUCUCUACCUCUCUCUCUCUCUCUCUCUCUCUCUCUCUAUUGGUCUUUCUCUUUGCCUUUCUAUACCUGCCUCUCUUUUCUCUCUACCUGUCUCUCUGUCUGUCUCUGCUGGCACAGUCACACUUUACCCAGGGCAUUCAGGACCAAACUAACUCACCUGUAGGGUCCAGUACAGCAGGGACACACACUCACAGUUGAACUCCAGGUACUGAAGUCCGUCUGCUGUCGUUUCAUUGGACGGAUUGAAACAGAUGGCCGCUCAUCCUGGAGAGAAUGUGACAGCAAUAUGACCAUCACACACACUGAAUCAGGAAUUCUUCAUCUUUGAUACUGCAACGGUUUUCUACUCUAUUUCUAUUGGGGUUUCAAUUCAGGAAAACAGAGAAAACCUCUUGAUUUCCAUCAGUGAAAAUGACUGAACAAUCAAUGACGCUGAAUGUCUUUAGUUUUGUGUGUUUGGAAGGGUGUGACUGCUGACCUCUGACCCUUGUCCUGUAUUGUGAGAGCACCUGUUAUCAACUUUAUUGAUCUUGUGGGAUCUUACUGAUGAUAGUGAUUAAAAAAUAACCUUA